ACAACGAUAAAUGUCAAGAUUUGGUGCAAUCUUUCUUCUUAUGUGAUUUCAACAUCGAUUCUCUAUCGAUUUUGGAUAUUUUCUUAAAUACUGAAAGAUGAAGAUUCCCCUCGAUGAGAAAACUACAGUUUGGAAGGAUCCAGAGACGGGAAAGAGCAAAACUCUCCCAGUUUUGGAUCCAAGGUGGAAGGAAGAGGUACAGUUUGUGAUGUACCACGCGCCACCCAAAGAUGAAUCACUGAAUUCAGCCGACUACCAAGAAUGGAUGGAGAGGAUCACCUUCAUUGAGGAAGACCUCCACAGCCUCCUUGCCUUAUCCCACGACAAGUUCUGGUGUCAGGCAAUCUUUGAUGAGACGCUACAGAUGAGUCUUGAAUCCUAUCUCAGAUACGCACCCAGGACAUUCGAUGGGUUAAACCGCCUGCCUGACAGUGCCAAAGAGAAGCACCUUAGUGUCCAUCGCCUUGUCUUCAUGACAUUCCUGCGGCUCGCUACUUUCAAAGAAUCAAAGGAUGCAUUCAUCACCCCUCACAUCUUUGGUGAGAUCCUCUACGAGAACUUCAUCUUUGACAUCCCCAAGAUGAUGGAUCUAUGUGUUCUCUACGCUAAAGGCAACCUGGUACUCCUACAGAAGAUGGUUGAUAACAUCUUCACACAGCAGCCAAAAUAUGAAGAUGACCUUCGGGCGACGAUACCGUCCAUUCUACAGGUCUUUGAAAACAUCUCGCUCCAGUGCGGUGUCAAGUGUAGUUCGACCCAAGGAUCUCCUGAGAAACUCUCCGUGACCAAAAUAAAGCCUACAGAUGAAGACGUGCGUGACGUGGUCAGCUAUCUGUACGAUACAUGUAUGACACUUCAUGCUUUCUUGGAGGUCCACCCUCAGGCUGGCUUGAUCUUCCAUGAGCAGCAUGUGGAAACAAGGUUGGCAUCAUUCUACGAGGCUAUACCUACCAAGCUGAAGGAAAUGAUGAAAGACAGAGAAUUUGGAAGCCUUGGAAUCCUGGUUGAUGUGCGUAAGAAACUCCACCGCAGCAAAGUGUUGAUGAUAAAACUUGUGCGUCAGAUCCUAUUCACGGCUGUUGUACAACCCAUCCUUGAGCUCAACGAGGGCUCCAACCAUGAAAGUCUCAUAGAGGACUAUCUACAAGUGCUUGCAGGGUUGAUAUCAGAAAAAAGAUUCAUAGCUGACUAUGAGGCGGCCUUCCCCCUUGAUGACGACUUGGAUAUUCUCACUCAGUCAACAUACAUCAUCGAUGAAACUAGGAUUGAGUUCUUACAGGAGGCAAUUGCAGAUGCGAGUUUUACUCAUGGUAAGAAGAGACGACUGGCCAAGAUUGACCGUGGAUCAUCUCCUGAGGCAGAGGCAGGCCCAUCUUAUGACAACGCGGGUGCUGGAGAGCAUGACGACACUGCAGCUUAUGAAAGACUUGGAGCUUGUGCAGCGAGUGUGAGUGGUAUAGAGUUAGACUCCCUCAUCUGUGCUGUGAAGGACCUUCUACCACACCUCGGCCCGGGAUUCAUUCAGGUGUGUUUGGAAGAGUUUAACUACAACACAGAAGAUGUGAUAAAUGCACUGCUGGAGGGAAAGCUGACUCCUGGGCUAGAAGAGCUUGAUCCUAACAUGGAGAGAGCUGUGUCUCCCCCUAGUGUUCCGUCCGUCCUUGACACAAGGCACAACAUCUAUGAUGGCGAUGAGUUUGACGUCUUCCGGCGAGAAAACGUGGAUAUCUCCCGGGUACACAAAGGAAAGAAGAAUGUGAAUGAAGACAUGGCUGCCUUGGACGACAAACGAGACUUGGACUCGUUUCGUGACGUCUACAACAUGUAUGGCAACAUGGACGCCACCGAGAGCAUGUACGAGAUGAAGAACAUCGAGUAUGAUGAUGAGUAUGACGACACGUAUGACUCACAUGAGGUCGGCGCAGAUGAUGCAGACUCGGCUGAUGAAUUGACCAAGAAAUUUGUGGUGAACCGGUUAAAUCCGGUCAAAGGACACCGUGGGUCAGCUGCGGCUGAACAGGACGAAGAGGAGGAGGAAGAGGAAGAAAGCUCAGCUGCCUAUCCUCACAGACCUUUUGUGGAGGAUCCAGCCAAGAUACGAGAAAGACAGGCCCAACGCUAUGCCAAUCGUCACAGUGCGGGUCAUGGCAAGAGAGUUCAUGAUGUCAAAGGUCAAGCAAAGGGCAAAGGUCAAGAGAAAGAUGUGCUUCAUAAUCGUCAAUUCAAGGAUCAGCAUAAAUCAAGGCUGGCCAAUCAUAAUCGUCGUGCGAUGGCGGAUAGAAAGAGACAGAAAGGGAUGGGGCCAUUGGCAUAGUUGUAAACGGAAGAGAGCUGUUACUGAAGACAUGAGGUGGUUGUUAAGGACACUUGUCCUGUCACUAUCAUCAUAGCCCCAACCAUGGCAACAGUCCAAUUCUCUUAGAAGGAAAUGGACGGUUGCCAUAGUGAUCACACAUCUGUUUGAGGAGUUGAUCAGGUUCAAAUCAAAAACAUAUGUAUCAUAAAUAUUUAUGAAUGAUAAGGUAAUAAAAUUCACUUCAGU